AUGGACAAAAAGCGUAAAGAAACUCAUUCUAAAUGUGUUCUUUGCAAUACGACAAGAAGACGAGAAUCUCUGGCUUAUGUAAUCCUCGAUAUUUGCCUUGUCCAGGUUUUCCCCAAACUCAAAGCACUUGAAGUUCUUGACUCUCAUUCAUUUACUCCCGGUACAAACCCGAAUGGAUGGAUGGUGGUCGGAGACAAGAAGAAAUGGCAGAAAGGCUACGAAAGGAAGUCAAAGAGCAAGCCCAUCGACGCCGUCCAGUCCGAGAACGGUUGCUACAUGCGUCUCUACCACGACUACCACCUCAAGACCUUGAUGAUCCACAAUCAUAUUCUCAGCCAUCCAAAGAGACCAAGCCAUGCCCUGAGGCCCGACACUUUCCUGCUCACAUUCUACCUUGAUAAUUUGCUGCCUUUCUUGUUUCCCUUCUACAAUCCUUCGCUGCUAGAAGAUGGAAAAGCAUGGCUCUUGGAAAUGAUGAUAAGCAGCCCUGUGGUACGACAGGCAACUCGAUGUCAGAGUUCAUACUUCUUCUCUCUUGCACAGGGGCAAGAUGCCGAUUGGAAAACUGUGCUCGAACAAACCAAGGAUGCUUUUAGCAUGCUAGGAAAGUCCCUACAAUUCAUCCAGGGUUUCAACAUCAUGGAGCACGUCCAUGGCGCUAUACGCAUCUUGGCGGGCAUCGUGCAGCUCCAACGAUACGGGACUUCUCUUUUGAGCUUUGACAACUGCCAAGCGCAUCUCAGCGGCGCAGUGGCUCUUUUCAAGCAACUUCUCGACAGCGUUGGAUCAUCUGAUCCCCGGUCAAGCUUCUCCGUGGUCAUCAGUCGCCUAGGGCCAUCGUCACAAAUUGCAGAAAGACUUGAGGUACCAAGCGCUGAACAAUCCGCAUUUCGCUUUUCUUCGGCUCUCCUAUUUUUUGACGAUAUCGUUGCCAGCACGGUGCUUCAGCAGAAGCCAAAACUUUACGAAUACCACCAAAGCCUUCUCGAUGAUGUAAACGAGGGCGGCCCUGCGGUUGACUUGGAGACUGUUGUCGGCUGUCAAAACUGGGUACUCAUCCAGAUGGGAGAAAGUGCUUCGCUGGACGCAUGGAAACAGGAUUGCCAAAGAGCAGGAAAUCUCGAUGUGAUGGAAAUGGUCCGUAUCGCCACAACGAUCAAGGCUUCUUUGGAAAUCCAACUUUCUGGGGUCAAAGCAAACGGAGACAAGGGCCUAGACAAACACCAGAGACAAUUCAAUAUUCUCACGGGGGAAGAUGAGCAGCAGUCAAAGACAAGAGCUGCUCAGAGCUCCCUCGUCACCCAGGUCUGGGCCCACGCAGUGCUGAUCUACCUGUCUGUCAUUGUAUCCGGCUGGCAGCCAGCGAGUGUCGAGAUAUGUCAGAACGUUGAAGGCGUACUCAAACACAUCGAGAGCCCAAUCUCAAUAUUACCUCGUGCCCUACUGCGCACAAUGGUGUGGCCAUUCUGCGUCGCAGGCUGCCUCGCCGAGCCAGCACAAAGGCCUCGUUUCAGGUCGAUCGUUGAAGAACUGCAACCACCAAGAGUUUUUGGCACACUCUCCAAGGCACUCGAAAUAAUGAAAAAGGACUGGAGAGAGGAAAAUGAUACGGGGCGCGAUCUGGCCACGUGCUUCAAAGGUCAUGGUGAUUUAGUGUUGCUUGUUUAA